AUGUCAGAGUUAGAUCUAGAGUCUCAACCAACCAAAACAAUCAAUGUCAAGCUUUCCAAGACAUCAGACUGGGAUAACUGGUUCAUUGUCAUUGAACUUUAUGCCAGACAACGACAAAUAUGGCAAUACAUCGACCCUGAUGUACAGCACCCGCCAACCUUACUGUGUCCAAGGAUGCCAGACCUGGAAGAUAUUAAACCAGGAGCCACUCUCCUCUCAGAACUCACUCCAACAGAACAGGACGAUCUUCGCUAUAAUUAG